AGCUUAAACAGAUAAAUAUUGCAAUAUUAAAUUUAUAAGAUUAAGCACAAAAAUAUUUAAUUAAGCUAAUCAAGCAUCAUUAGCUAGCCAUCGUUUAAAAAUAUUUUACAAAAGUCAGAGAAUUUCAUUUCAAAAUGACCUUUCCUUGAUCUCAUGAUCACCUUCAAUAGAAAAAACUAAAAACAAAAAAAAAUUUACAAGCUCCUUGAAUCGUCAACCACAUCCAUCUCUUGCUUUCUAUCGUACACUCACCCCCAGAGGGUAUAAAGUCGGCAAUAUAAAUAUGUGGUCAGAUGUAGCGGACCGUCUUUCAUAAUUUUUCAUUUUUAUCAUCAACCCUUUCAAAACCUAAGCAAAACUUAUUACCUCCAAUAUUAAGGAGAAAAAGAAACAUACUACAUAUUCACUCAUCAAACCUAUAUAUCACUUGUAAAACAAGCUUAGUUGUACUAAUACUAUAGUACUAUUACAAGAUUGAGAAUAUAAACCAAGGUCUAUAUAUUCAUAUAUAUAUAUAUAUAUAUACAUAUACCAUAUUCAUCAACAUUAACAACAUAUAUGGCUGAAGAAUAUUGUGGAGGACCAAAUUGGUGGGAUUCUCCAACUACUAAUAGAAGUAGAUUCGACGGCGGCAGUGGUGGUGGUGGUGGUGCUGGUGGUGGCUCUUCCUCAACUUCCUCUACAACCACCCUCGCCAAUAGCGGUGGUGGAACCGCGUACGGGUGGUUGACUGAUGGGCCAACAGCCGUAGACACUAAGAUGGACGCUUCGUCACUUCAGCUUGUGGGGCUUGGCUUGUCUUCUCAAGCCAUGGCAGAGUGGAAUCAGCAGCAAACUACUACUAUACUUAGAAACCCGGAAAAAGCUGAUAAUAGUUUUAGGUCUAUGCUGCAAGAGGGCAUAGGGCUAAACGCGAACUUCCAACAAGAUUCGAGUGGAGGAGGAGGAGGAGGAGGAGGAGGAGGUGGAGUGUUGUUUGGUGGUAAUAAUUCAUCUCAUCUUCAUCAAUGGAGGCCUGAAAAGCUAUUUCCGAGCAACGAAGAUUCGAGCUCGGAGUUUAAGCAACUAGGCCGCGGCUUUUCCUUGGAUAAUCAACCACAAUUUUCUCCUAAUGGUAGCUCAAUAGAAAGCACGGUUACUUGCCAAGGGUUAAACGCACCAUCAAGUUUUCAGCUCGAUUCUUCUUCAUCAAGCUCAGUUUUUGGUAGCCCUUCGAGUAUCUUACAAGGUCUUAUGGGCACCGAACAUCAAAACCAUCAACAACAAGAACAACAACAACAACAACAACAACAACAACAACAACAACAACAACAACAACAACAUAUUAAUACUAAUUAUCAACAGAAUUAUUAUGGUAUGGGAGUUGCAAAUGAUCAUCAUCAUCAACAAUCUCAAUUGCCUUCUCCUUGGGCAAAAGUGCCUCAAUUUCUUAGAGCCACCUCUCCCAAGCAGCAACAACAACAACAACAACUUCAAUUCAUGAACAACGCGCCUUACUGGAGUACUUCCACCCCAUUGAAUGAUGUUAGGCCAACCUUCUUUUCGUCGUUGCAAGCAGGCCAAUUGCCUAAUAUGCCCACGUUUGAAGAGAAACCAAAGACUACAAUGGAGGUAAGAGAUACAAGCUCAAUGUUAAAAAAGAGUGGUUCAGAGAAUAAUAUUAAACGAGCAAGAAACGAUGGUGCUUCAUCAACUUUACCACCAUUUAAGGUAAGAAAAGAGAAGAUGGGGGACAGAAUCACUGCGCUCCAACAAUUAGUUUCACCUUUCGGAAAGACUGAUACUGCGUCAGUCCUCUCUGAAGCCAUUGAGUAUAUCAAGUUCCUCCAUGAACAAGUCAGUGUUUUAAGCAACCCAUACUUGAAAAGUGGAGGCUCCUACCAACAACAUCAACAGAGUAACGAAAAGGCGAAAAUCGAUCCAGACGGUCCAAAACAAGAUCUAAGGAGCCGAGGAUUAUGCUUGGUACCAGUUUCUAGCACCUUUCCUGUAACACAUGAAACGACAGUAGAUUUUUGGACGCCUACAUUUGGAGGAACUUUUAGAUGAAAGUAAAAUUUAAACAAAUAGAGAUUAUUAUUAUUUCUAAGAACAUAUUCUUGAUACGUUGGUGAAAAAAAAAAAGAAAAGAAAAGAAAAGGAAAGUAUAUAUCUCAAAGAUGGAAUCUCCCUAUGCAAGUUGAAAGAGAAAGAUAGGUCGUUGAUGAGAUCGAUCAAGGAAGAAAAAGAGAGAAAAAGAUGUGAUGACGUUUGUGAGAAUGCAACAAUUUAAUUUUAACUGUGUAGUACUAGCAAGGACGAUAGAAGAAGCAAGAGAUGAUCAUAUGAAGGAAAAAAAAUUGUGAAUAUGGAAAAAAAAAAGCAAAAGAAUAUGGCUUUCAAAUUCAAUGGAUAGACAAAGAGAAGAUGCAUGGACCAGUUGAAUUAGCCAAGAAAAAAAGAUUAGAAAUAAAAAUCAUGGAUAUAUUUGGGGACCAUGGAGCAAGCUAAGCAAAGAGAAGAGCUACGGCGUAAGAGAAAUUAUUACUUCUUAAUCUUUGUAAUAAUUGCAUGAUUAUGAUUAAAUUAUUUUUAGCUAUUUUUAAGGUUGGUAGAUAGAGUUUCACAUGAUAGGAAGUGAUGGGAAGUUUAGGAUUAAAUUUUACUUAUUAGUGUUGGAUGAAGAUAUUAGCACUCCAUAGAUUGGAAUAAUGCAUGACUUUAUGAAUUUUGGAGUGCUAAAAUCCUCAUGCAAUUGGUUUCAUUGAACAACAUACUAAUUUUCUUGUAUGCAUUGAAUGAAAGAUAAGAAAACUCACUCUUUGACAUUUUUCUUUAUAUAUAUAUAUGAUGAUAUUCAAUACGUCA